CGACCACAUCUACGAACAGCUUUCUUCAUGUCGGGUCCUCUUUAGUUCAAGAUUUUGGGACAGCAGGUUUCUAGAACAUUUAGUUAUUGCCUGUUUUUGUUGAAAUAAAAAAAUGCCACCAAAAGGAAAGGGUGGCAAGGGGGGCAAAGGGGGAGGUGCAUCUGGAAGUGGCGACACUGAAAAAAAGGAAAAAGCACAAAAGGGAGGCACUGCAGUUAAGGUCAGGCACAUCCUGUGUGAAAAGCAUAGCAAAUGUAUGGAAGCCAUGGAGAAAGUGAAGUCUGGUGUAAGGUUCAGCGAGGUCGCCGCGCAGUACAGUGAAGACAAAGCCAGACAAGGAGGUGAUCUUGGCUGGAUGACCAGAGGCUCAAUGGUAGGACCUUUCCAAGAAGCAGCAUUUGCCCUGCCGGUCAGCUCCAUGGACAAACCUGUUUACACAGACCCCCCGGUGAAGACAAAGUUUGGCUACCACAUCAUCAUGGUCGAAGGAAAGAAGUGAAGAACCAAUAUUAUUUUAUUAUCAUUUUUUGUACUUUCUAUUGUAAAAUAUCAUAAACCAUACGUGGCAGUUAAGAACACUUGAAGGGAUCGAAGAAAAUAGAGUGAAAAAGUGUAAGAAACAGUUUAUUGUGUUUUAAGAUCUCAUUCCUGUUAUGGAUUGUGUAAUAAUGAGCAAAUGUUCAAAGCCCAUUUAAAACAAGAAGACUAUAUACAGAUACAGUCUAUAUAUAGAUAUAACAAGGAUGUGAGACCUGGAAUUAGCUCUGGCUUAAUCUCUUUUGAUUAUAAAUGCAAACUUAUAACA